UAGGGCUAUGUAGGUUCGCAAAGGUCAAAUUGCUUCCCUAGUAUUUUAACUGAGUAAAAGGUAGAUGUUGUAACUGUUUUUUUCAUCAUGGAGUCUUCACCGCAAUCCACACACAGCUUAUGUAGUGUAGUGUAAAUGUUUAAGUUUGAUCAAACCUUGCAGAACCACCAGUUAAUAUUCGCGAAGUUAGACGUCCUUUAUCGACGAUGGAACCAAGUUACGUGCUCACCAAUGAAGCGAUGGAGCUUGACGAAUUCCUUUGUGACGUAUCAAUGCACUUGCGCAGACGCGAUAUGCGCAUGUUGCUUAAAUAUAUUGGGAUUGGUGAGCGAGAGAUCGAUGGAUUGCUUUAUGAAAACAGACAGACCGCUGGAAUUGAGCGCGGUUUAUUGACUGGGGCUGGGGUGGUUGUUGAAGGGAGUAACAGCAUUAACUUCCUUGAUCAACGGAAGAAAGCAAUGCGAACCUGGUGGGAAUAUGCCGCUAACACGAGACAGAGGGCAACACCCUCGCAGCAAAAAGUCAAGGUGGUGGAAUCAUCAACUACAUUUACACUCCCCCACAUACCUGAGAACCAACCAAUCACGGAAGGGGAAGGUCACGUGGGAAAGCCACCUGAUGCAGCUCGUUCAUCAACUCCCAAACUCCCCCGUUUGACUCCAAAUUCCGACCUGAAAACAGAUGUGUCUAAUAUACUUGAAAAAGUCGUCGACCAACUUCACCCGAGUGUUCCAAAAAUACUAAUCGAAAAUCAACACGAAGACGACACAAGUGAUCAGAAGCACCAAAACAACAGUCCAUACUUGACACCCAACUCGAUUGCCGUGCCAGCUGUUAACACUCCGCCACCCGCAUCGCCAGCAGGCAGCAGUCGGUUAGCAUCACCUGCCAAAACUAUGAGAGUUCAAGUUCCUGUUGUUGAGCUUCAAACUGAAUCUGACGAGCUGUCACAGUCGACAAGGUCACAACCAAACUAUCACUCUGGAACCGACAACUUUAUUCAAAAUACGACAGUGGAUAGAAGUCAGCAAACUGACAUCACGGGAGGUGACGUGGCACCUGAUCAAGUAGCCAUAUAUGGAAGCAAUGUAACGCUAGAGGAAUUGCUUCGCAAACUCUGGAGAGGUUUGCAGUCAUGUGGGCUGCAGAAGGUCGUUGAUGAUAUCCAGCAACGAUGGCUGAUACGCAUUGACACCAAUCAAGGACGAGCCGACAUGUAUCCGAAAAUGACGUGGGGAACCCCCAUGCCCCCACAAACCCCCUUCACUUACCCACCCUACAAAAAAAUCGGACAUAUGGCGGUUAUGGGCUCGACCAUGAGCAUCGAAACGAAGCCACCAGUUCCAACCGACGCCACAUCCUUUAACGGGAGGUAUUACAGCAGCGGCCACAUGACGUCACGAAGCUUAAUUUUGGAAAGUUCGCAAGGUGCAAGAUUCAUGCCAAAGGCUGUUCGGGAAAGAUUACAAACGCGGUCCGCGAAGUCACGUGGUGGAGUUACUGCGAUAUCAUUGGACGGGAAUCCUGUGACGUCAUUCCCAGCUCGGGAUUCUUGGAAACUUCGAACAGACACUGUUCGGCGUAAAGGAGCAACGGUGAACAUUCACGUGAGCAUCAGCGACGUCACAUUACCAACACAACCGUCAACAAAAUGGGGAACCAGUUUGCAUGUCAGCCCGACGCAAAUACGAGAGCGAGUUGCCCGGGUUUUUCUCACUUACGUUAUUAACGAAUCACGUCACCUCAGCAGGGCAGUAGACAGAAUAGAGAAGAUUCGUGGUUUGGCGAUAGAAACUGUUCAGAAGAGAAUCGGCGGAGGCGGUACAGGGGUCGAAAUCCCAGCAUCUGAGAUUGUUUUUAAUUGCCGAUGUCUUUAUCCUGAAACCGUGGAACAACUAUGGCUUCUUUAUCAAAGCAGUCAAUUACGUGAGAACAUCCACGCUGCUCUUGCCACCAGAAGAGCGCAACAAGCUUGUGCAGUGGAGAAUCUUCGACUUCGAGUUGUCGUGGCUGAAGAAGAGUACAGAAGAGCUUUGGGAUUGCUGAGAAGAAAACCAAUGCCCAAUACAAAGACGGGUCGCUUUUACGUCACUCCUGCCAGUGGAGCAUCAGGAACAGGCUUGGCGCACGCGCAGCAACAAGCUUUGAUGUCCGUCACGCGAUAUUUGAAGCUACCUACACCAGCAGAAAGCAUGGAUAUAAUUGAGGCCCCGCCACCUGUCCCACCCGUCAGCUCGUUGGCCAAUAACAAAGAACCGAUGUCCCGGAGAAAAAUGUUGUUGAGGGAAAAAAGCAGAACACCCGUUUAUCUUAUUAAUAAGGUUUUAAACAAGGAGCUUGAGGCGGUCAAGAAGCGAGUGCGCAUGUGCGAAACAGAAUGGUGCAAUUUUAUGGCAACAAGAUACCAUGUCAUGCUUCGAUGCGCAAGGCACGUGAUGGCAAGGAGAGUGUUAGGCACCACACAUAACAAUCAGCCUCGAUGUACAACACUCAGCAUAUUGCGGGCACUGUACAAAGCCAUAUGUUCUGAGAAAUCAAGCGCCGUUGUAGCGACACCUCGCGGACAACACACAACAGCAAUCACAACCAACCACAGUAACAUUGCCCUGUACCCUUCUGACGUCACAUUCUCGAACACGGAUCUUGUGACGACACCAAAUGACGACGAUGACGUAGUGAAGGCGCGUAAACAAGAAGAAGUUGAUUUUGUGACAAGUUACAUCACAUUUACAGAUAUCUUAGUGGAGCUGGGCUCGUGUAGAAGUGGAAUGCAGGAAAGGAUAAUUGCUCGGAUGGCGACCAAUCCAGCAGUGGCUCCUUCCAGAAACCUUUACCUAGCUAAGGAUGUUUACAAUCUGAUGGAGCGAUGGCGCCACCUACAGGGGAGGAAUUUCAACUUCAGUACUGAUGAAGCUGUACAGAGGAUGUCGUCACGUAUUACUACUUCGGAUGACUCAACGCAGAUAGACAAAGACAUCGAAGAACAAUUUCGGGGUUUAUCUGGUCUUUUACCCAUGAUAUUCAGAAUCGCAGAUCAAGUAACAACAAAGUUAUCAGCACUACUGCCAAAGCAAGAUGAAGCGACUCCAAAACUGUGUCCAUACGUAGCGAGCCCACGUGGUAAAACAACAGAGAGGAACUUGUCCUUGUGGUUGAGUGCGUGAUGUUUAAAGACACUGCACAUGCCCUUUCGUAAUUACUUAAUAAAUAAAAAUUUGGAUUGUAA